AUGGCAUUAGAACAAUCUUUGGCGGCAUUGUCUUUGGCAACUGUGGAAUCAGAAUCUGCCCUUCCUACUAAGACUUUAGUGUUCAAGCCUAAAACUGCUAAGACAGCUACUCCUAUCCCCAUUAUUGUAUUUGCGCUCCAAAAUACCCUGACAGCUUCAGGUGCUAUCGCUAAUGCGGCAAAUGUGAAAGAACCAAGAUUAGCAAAAGAAGAUCUCGUUCAAGAAUUCUUUGCAACUUCAACCAAGGAAGUGUCUAUUGCUAAUUUGCAUAAAGGUCUUGCUGGAAAAAUCAAGAUAUUAAUCGAUAAGAAUAUCACAGAGGCACCUAAUGAUUUGACACUUCAGUUGGCAACUGAGUCAUCGAAAGUAAACUUAAAAGCAAAAGUGAUUAAUGAUUAUUUGGCGUCUACUGGAAUAGAAAUCAUUCCGGUUGACUUCACAGUAAGGGCCGAACCAGCAGAAUCCGCUUCUUCUCGUAAGGAACAAUUGAAAAAAGAGAAAGAAGCUGCAAAAGUAGAGGAUGCAAAGCUUAUUGGCAUUACUGUUGACAAGUCCAAAGAUUUUUCUUCUUGGUACUCACAAGUGGUAACUAAAGGGGAGAUGUUGGAUUACUAUGACGUGUCGGGUUGUUACAUUUUAAGGCCCAAUUCAUACUCCGUUUGGGAGACCAUUCAAACUUGGUUUGAUAAGCGGAUUAAGAAGUUGGGUGUUCAGAAUUCAUAUUUCCCUAUGUUCGUAUCUUCAAGGGUUUUGGAAAAGGAAAAAGAUCACAUUGAGGGAUUUGCCCCGGAGGUGGCAUGGGUCACGAAGGCUGGUAACUCUGAGCUUGAUGAACACAUUGCGAUUAGACCUACAUCUGAAACCGUCAUGUAUCCUUACUAUGCUAAAUGGAUCAGAUCUCACAGAGAUCUUCCUUUAAAAUUAAACCAGUGGAACUCUGUCGUUAGAUGGGAAUUUAAGCAUCCUCAACCUUUUUUAAGGACUCGUGAAUUUUUAUGGCAAGAAGGUCAUACUGCUCAUUUGACAGAAGAAUCUGCUACUGAAGAGGUUCUCCAAAUUUUAGAAUUGUAUGCUGGGGUUUAUGAAGAAUUGUUAGCGGUUCCUGUGGUCAAGGGUGUGAAAACAGAGAAUGAGAAAUUUGCCGGCGGUGUUUUUACUACCACAUGUGAAGGGUUUAUACCAGAAACAGGAAGAGGUAUCCAAGGUGCUACUUCGCAUCAUUUGGGUACCAAUUUUUCUAAAAUGUUUAAUAUAUCUGUUGAAAAUCCAGAAGGUGCAGAAAAACCUAGAGUAUUCGCUUUCCAAAAUUCUUGGGGUUUGUCAACCCGUGUUAUUGGUGUCAUGGUGAUGACACACUCAGAUAACAAAGGUUUGGUCUUACCUCCGAGGGUUGCACAAACUCAAGUUGUAGUUAUUCCAGUAGGUUUAACCAGCAAAACUACAGACUCUCAAAGAGUUGCAGUUAACAAGGGAGCAAAAGAAAUUGAACAGAAGUUGAAUGAUGCGGAAGUUAGGGUUGUUGGAGAUUACAGAGACAAUUAUUCUCCAGGCUGGAAAUUUUCGGAUUGGGAGUUGAAAGGGGUUCCUUUGCGUAUUGAGUUCGGACCAAAAGAUUUAUCUGAGGGUCAGGUAGUUGCAGUGAGACGUGAUAAUCGUGCUAAGUACACAGUUAAGUUAUCAGAACUUGAAAAGCGUAUUCCAGAGAUUUUAGAGGAAAUGCAGAAGGAAUUAUUAGAAAAUGCACGUAGCGCAUUUGACAAUCACCGCAAAGUGAUUCACGAGUGGAAGGAUUUUGUACCGACUUUGAAUGCCAAAAAUGCUAUUGUUGCCCCAUGGUGUGGGGAUGCAGACUGUGAAGAUGAUAUUAAAGAUUCUUCUGCAAAGAAAGAUAACGGAGAAGAUGAAGUAGAAGAUGAAAAAUCUCCAUCUAUGGGUGCCAAAUCCCUUUGCAUUCCGUACGAUCAACCAGAGUUAAAGCCUGGACAAAAAUGCAUAAAGUGUGACAGAUUAGCAGUAAAGUAUUGUAUGUUUGGAAGAUCGUAUUAA